AUGAUUAUUUAUCAAGUACUACGCGAGAUACUUGUACAGUGUAUAGGAGCCUUGGUCAGUAUCUUAGCUCUAUUUGGUCUUAAAGCUUCCAAUAGCGAAUUUAAUGGUCGCGCAAUCAAUCAAUAUCGUCGCUCCGUUCUUUUCCAGAAUGAUAUGAUCAUUCAUCGAUUUUACGUAUAUGAGACUCUUAUUCAUCAUAAUUUUGUCGUUCUUCAGACUGGAUCAGGACACACAUUUACGGUUCAUCUAAUUGCUGAUGUUUAUCCAGGAGAGUUUUCACCGAUUACAGUAGAAAUUGGACCAGCUGAAUGGAGGCCAAUCAGUGAAUCUGUUAAAAAAUGUUACAAAACAGCAUUGGAGUUACAGUUUUUCGUCAUGAAUGAAAUCCAAAUUUUUGGAGUUUACGAAGUUGGUUUCAAUGAUUGUCGACACUUUGCUCGAGCAGUAGCAGCAUUUCUGGUUAGUUGA